AUGUGGGACCGGCUGCGGGGCAGUCGGGCGGCGGGCGGCGGCCGGAGCGCGGCCGCGAUGGCGCAACGCGACGAGAAGGUGCCGGCGGCGGCGGCGGGCGAGAGCGAGCCCGGGGCCGGGGCCGGGGCCGGGGCCGGGGCCGGGGCCGGGGCCGGGGCUGGUGCCGGGGCCGCGGCUGAGCGGGGACAGAGCGGGGUCGCCGCGCCCUUCCAGCCCCCCGAGGGCGGCUUCGGCUGGGUGGUGGUCUUCGCCGCCGCCUGGUGCAACGGCUCCAUCUUCGGCAUCCACAACUCCUUCGGGAUCCUCUACAUGAUGCUGCAGAGCGACCUGGGCGAGGGGGAGAAGGAUCCGGCGCUAGAGUUUAAAACAGCAUGGGUCGGCUCCCUGGCCAUGGGGAUGAUUUUUUUCUGCUCUCCCAUCGUCAGCAUCUUCACCGACCGCAUCGGCUGCAGGACCACGGCGGCCAUGGGGGCCACCAUUGCCUUCAUCGGGCUCCUCUCCAGCUCCUUCACCAAGUCCCUGGAGGUCCGUUAUUUCACAUAUGGGAUCCUCUUUGGCUGUGGCAGCUCCUUCGCCUUCCAGCCCUCGCUGGUCAUCCUCGGCCACUACUUCAAGCGCCGCCUGGGCCUGGCCAACGGCAUCGUGGCCGGGGGCAGCUGCCUCAUCUCCGUGCCGCUCCCCUUCUUCCUCAAGAUGGUCGGGGGUGCCAUUGGCCUGGCACACACUUUUCAAGUACUCAGUGCCUUAAUGCUCAUCCAGAUUUUCUUGUCCAUGACCUACCGGCCCAUCCUGACGCCUUCUUGUGACUCUCAGCACGACGGGCACGACAAGCUGGGCAGCCGGAGCGUGAGGCAGCAGUGCUGGGCCCAGACCCGCAAGUAUUUCAACCUGAGGGUUUUCCGGAGAAAGACCUAUAGGAUUUGGGCCUUUGGGAUCGCUACUGCUGUCCUGGGAUACCUCGUACCUUACAUGAACCUGGUCAAAUACGUGGAGAAGCGAUUUCAGGAAACCAAAAAGGACUGGAUCCUCCUGGUUUGCCUCGGGGCCAUGUCGGGGCUGGGGCGCUUGGUUUCGGGCCGCAUCGGCGACUGCAUUCCCGGGCUGAAGAAGAUUUACCUGCAGGUUGCGUCCUUCAUGCUGUUGGGCCUCCUGUGCAUGAUGAUCCCCCAGUGCCGAGGCUUCGAGGGCGUCAUUGUCAUCUGCCUCUUCCUUGGCCUCUGUGAUGGCUUCUUCACCACCAUCAUGGCCCCCAUUGCCUUCGAGCUGGUGGGGCCCAUGCAGGCGUCCCAGGCCAUAGGGUACCUCAUGGGGCUGAUGGCCGUGCCCAUGACUGCAGGCACGCCCAUUGCAGGAUACCUCAAUGAUUAUUUUGGGAAUUACGACGCGGCCUUUUACUUUGCGGGGGUGCCGCCCAUCAUCGGCGGCCUGGUGCUCUCCGUGGUGCCGCUGGUCCACCAGAGGAUGCUGAAGAAGCAGCGCCUGGAUUCUGGCAAAGACAAGAUGCUGGUGUCGGAGGCCGUGGUGAACGGGGAGCUGCUGCCAGGCUGCCCAGCCUCUGAAGCACACAUGUGACACCACUCCUGGCUCUCCAGGACACCAGCAGCCUCUCCAUAGCCCCAGCACAGGCCCUUUCCCAGACGGACCGAAAUUCCCAGUGAUCGCAGAUGCACUAUGUUUGUAAAGGA